GGUGGAUUCUCCUCUGCCAGCUGGUGUUCCUAAGCUCAGUUACCACUUUGCAUCAUCUCACAAGUAUGUUCCCAGGCGAGCUGUGCUGUACGUACCUGCGGAUGAUGAAAAGAAGAUACGAAAAAUCCCGUCACUAGAUGUGGAUUGUGCAGUGCUGGACUGUGAAGAUGGUGUGGCUCUGAACAGAAAGAGAGAAGCAAGACUGGCAGUUGUGAAAGCCCUUGAAGAGUUUGACUUUGGCCAUGCUGAAAAGUGUGUUAGGAUAAACUCCGUGUCCAGUGGUCUUGCAGAAGAAGAUCUAGAGGUGCUUUUGCAGUCCAAGACCCUUCCUUCAAGCAUGAUGCUGCCAAAGGUUGAAAAUGUUGAAGAAAUAAGAUGGUUUUCAGACAAAUUCUUGCAUCACCUAAAAGGCCGAACACUUGUAGAACCAAUGAAUUUUAUCCCUUUUGUGGAAACUGCAGUGGGCUUGCUCAAUUUUAAGGCUGUCUGUGAAGAAGCAGUAAGAACAGGAUCCGGGGCUGGCUUUCAUUUGGACGCAGUCGUCUUUGGAGGCGAGGAUUUCCGUGCCAGCAUAGGUGCAACAAGCAGUAAGGAAACUCACGAUAUUCUGUAUGCCAGGCAAAAAAUAAUAGUCACAGCAAAGGCAUUUGGCCUUCAAGCAAUAGACCUUGUUUACAUCGAUUUCCGAGAUGAAGAUGGGCUCCGCAGGCAAUCAAGAGAAGGUGCCUCAAUGGGAUUCACUGGUAAGCAGGUGAUUCACCCCAACCAAAUUGCUGUUGUCCAGGAACAGUUCUCUCCCAGCCCUGAAAAAAUAAAGUGGGCACAAGAACUGAUUUCUGCUUUUGAAGAACAUCAGCGAUUAGGCAAGGGUGCGUUCACUUUCCACGGGAGCAUGAUCGACAUGCCAUUACUGAAGCAGGCGCAGAACAUUGUUACGCUUGCCACAGCCAUCAAGAAAAAAUGA